UUGUGGAAAAUAGGAAAAUAGCAAUAAAAUAAAUCUUCAGGCACGCAAAUCAAGAUGAAGAUCUCUUUAGUCAUCGCUUUCUCGCUCGAGCUUAAAAACACCCUUGUCGGAAUUUCCCACCAACUAAACGAUCUUCAAAUUCAUAAUUACUUCUUCAUCUCUCAAUUCUCAUGGAUUCAAACCCCGAUCGCAAACCCCCGAACCCCAAUUCUCCCCCGAAAUCCGCACCCAAGAACCAGAAGGAUUUCUUAAUCCACCUCGAAAUCUACUUGGCCAAGCGCGACGGCGUCGACAAGCUGCUCAAAAUCUCGCGCUACGCCGCCAAGAUCGCCCUCGCCUCCUCCCUCCUCCGCCACCAGAAGCCGCUCGCCGCCCGCCUCAAAUCCUUCGAGUCGAGCGUCGGCGUCAGCCGUAAGGCCUUCCGCCUCGGCAAGUUCGUCCAAGACGUCAACGCUCUCCGCGCGAUCCAUUUCGCGUCUCACUCCCGCCUGAAUUUGAUCCCCUCCGCAGUUGCCUACGGCGGCGAGGGCUUCUACUAUUUCAUCGAACAGUUGGUGUGGCUGGGGAAGGCCGGUCUGAUCGACAAGAGGCAUUUGCAGGCGCUGCAGAAAUGGAGUGCGUGGUGCGAGUUCGUCGGCUAUUUCGGGAGCGUGAGCUUGAAGGUGAUGGAGCUGCGAGAGAUUGAGGUGGAGGAGAGGUGCACGGCGUCGAGCGUCGACGUGGCGGUGGUGAGGGGGAUUAAGUGCGUGGAGGAGCAGGAGAAGCUGAGGAAAUUGAGAGAGAAGAAGGUAAUGAAGCGGCUCUCGGUGGUGCAGGAUUUAGCCGAUGGGUUGAUGGCACUGGCUGAUAUCAGAGACGGCGGCGGAGGAGUGCUGGCGUCGCCGCUCUUGCUAUCCUCCGCUGGGAUGCUCUCCGCGCUUAUUAGUACUCAUAAGAAUUGGGUUUCUUGCUGAGGUAUGGCUGUUAUUUAUAAUGAUGAUUGAGGAAUAUUGGAAAGAUGCUUGUUGAGAAUAAAACGAUUCUUUAUACUUAAUUAUGUGUAGCCUAUAGAAUCAUUGCAUAAAGAUUUAUUGGAUGUUUUAUACUAUGAAUGAAAGUGAAACCAACCUUUUGGGUUUGGAAGAUU